AUGAGCAGACAGAACGUACACUUCUCAAAAAAGCUUUUCAUCACAGAGUUGUUGUCCACUGAAGAGUUUACCUUUUUUUGUUCAGAGAUACUAGACUGAGCAAAACACGAGAUGCAAUUCUGUACCUUAGUUAGCAUAUUGAGGGCUAAUUUUUUAGGUUGUGAGGUUUUUGAGGUUUGCUAACUAACCUGGAGGCUUAGUGCCAGAAUAGAUGCUUCCUAAUAUGAGAAUCAAAUCUUAAUGCCUCUCUCUCAGGACUGAACUGAGAUCCCCAUACGUGACUGAUCUAUGAAAUGGCAGAGAAUGGAACAGAUUGUGACCAGAGACGCAUAGGAAUGAUCAAAGAACAGCACAAUGGAAACUUCACAGAUUCUUUGUUGAGUGAACGGAAGCGAAGGGACCGAGAAGAGAGGUUGAAUAUUGUACUGUGGAGACAACCGCUUGUUACCUUGCAGUAUUUUUUCCUGGAAACUCUAAUAAACUUGAAGGAAUGGACCAUAAAAUUGUGGCAUCGGCGAAGUAUCUUGGUGUCUUUUUUACUGACGCUUGCAGUGCUUACAGCUACGUAUUACAUUGAAGGAACACAUCAACAGUAUGUGCGGUAUAUGGAGAAAAAGUUCUUCUGGUGUGCCUACUGGGUAGGAUUAGGCAUUCUGUCCUCUGUUGGACUUGGAACAGGUCUCCACACCUUUCUGCUCUAUUUGGGUCCACACAUAGCAUCGGUUACUCUUGCUGCAUAUGAAUGUAACUCAGUUAAUUUUCCUGAGCCUCCUUACCCGGAUCAAAUUAUCUGCCCUGAUGAGGAGACGACUGAAGGAUCCAUUUCUUUAUGGGCCAUCAUCUCAAAAGUCAGGCUGGAGGCCUGCAUGUGGGGUGCUGGCACAGCCAUUGGAGAGCUGCCCCCAUAUUUUAUGGCCCGGGCGGCCCGACUCUCUGGUGCUGAACCUGAUGAUGAAGAGUAUCAGGAAUUUGAGGAGAUGCUGGAACAUGCAGAGACUGCACAAGAUUUUGCUUCCCGGGCUAAACUGGCUGUCCAGAACCUGGUGCAGAAGGUUGGGUUCUUCGGCAUUUUGGCCUGUGCUUCAAUUCCAAACCCUCUGUUUGACCUGGCUGGGAUAACAUGUGGACACUUUCUGGUUCCCUUCUGGACCUUCUUUGGUGCAACCUUGAUUGGGAAAGCAGUAAUUAAAAUGCACAUCCAGAAACUUUUCGUUAUUAUAACAUUCAGCAAACAUAUAGUGGAGCAGAUGGUGUCCCUAAUCGGUGCUAUUCCAAGUAUAGGUCCUUCUCUUCAGAAGCCAUUUCAAGAAUAUUUGGAAGCUCAGAGGAUAAAACUUCACCACAAACCUGACAGUGGCGUGCCACAGGGGGAAAACUGGCUAUCCUGGAUGUUUGAAAAAUUGGUGAUUGUCAUGGUUUGUUAUUUUAUCUUAUCUAUUAUCAACUCCAUGGCCCAAAGCUAUGCCAAACGACUGCAACAGAAGAUGUACUCUGAAGAAAAAACCAAAUGAGCUUGGAAAAAGCCCCUUGCAAUGGGUUUUAGCAGACAUGAAAAAUGACGCAUCUUUCAUAUGUUUAAAAAUCAGCAUUAUUCAAAGUGGGGGAAAACUUUUUAACAUCGAUUUUCAACUAUAACAAAUUUUUAUUUAAUUUCAAAGUAAUUCGGAUAGUAGAGCAAACGUUGCAUUGACAAACUUAUAAAUGUUAAGGUAAGGUAUAAAUGCUUUACAAGUCUGAGUUGUGUUAUACAAGAUGGACAAUGUGAUGUUAAAUGGUGUUUAACACAAAUGUUGUCCAUCCAAAUUACUUCUAAACUGGCUGGUUUAAUACUCUCCAUUUCCUGAUUUAACUUCAGACUGACCUAAGGGUAACUUUUUAUUUUGAAGGGUGGCUGUUUUGCUUUUUCCAUAACUUUCCAAGACCAUCAAAAUGUAUAUAAAUGAAUACAGAUUGGAUAUGAACUGUUGCAUGUCCCUCAUGGUAAGGCUAUUCCAUCUGAAUUCUCCAGUGUCCCAUUGCAUUGCACGUGCUCUCGGUUGGAGAAGCCACCCUCUUAAACUUCAUGAUGUUAGCAGAGAUGAUUGAUGUCAGAAUGCUGAAGUUGACGUUUUUUAUUCUGUAUAUUUAGAAUGAAGUUAAGAUAAAACUUUAUAAAGUCAUCUUUGAUCAUUCCAGAAUUUCUUGUGUCAGUCUUUUUAAGCUGUUUCUUUUCCUCUCCACUUUUGUAUGCUCAGUUUCUUUUGUUUCUUUAUUAAGCCUUAAUCCCAUGAAUCGCAUGCUUUACUCAUCCUUCCUGCACAAAUGGUGCUGAAGCCCUUUGUUCUUUUCUUUUUUUUCUUAAGAACUUCUUACUUAGCAGAAGGAAGUGCAAAGGAUAUUGCUUGCUUGAAGGAUGGCGCGCUGGUUAAAAUAGGCAAGUUAUUAAAUAGCUAGCAGUGCUCGUUACUAUCAGUUCCUCUCAGGUGUUUGCACUGAGCACAGCACCAUGGGCAAUGAAGAGGAGAGGUUAUAGUAAAUAUUCCAAUUACAAUAAAGAUUCCAGCUGAAACCAGAUUUGAUGUUAAACCCAGCAAUGAUGCAGAGAACUUCAGAGAACCUUAACCUUAGGCUUUUCAAGUCAGGUAUUUUAAAAACAGUGUUAUGAAUCGAUGUGUUCCAGUUCUACUGUACAUAAACAUGACUGAUAUUACACUGGAUCUUUUCCCUCUUCAGUAAGUAGGUAUCCAGUCCACUGCUACUGUAUAUGUGUGACUACUGUAAUAAUUUUAGAACUAUUGUUUAUUUUUAUCCUAGGGAUAAGUCACAAGAAUUAAUUUAACUUUCAGUUAGUGUCAUCAAAAGGUGGCAUAUGUGCACAAAGUAGGUUAGAUCAUGCUCUUGCUGAGGUGAAGAUUUAUCCCUGCGUCAGGUUAGGGCAAGGUGUGAGAAUAUAUAUUUUGUUCAAUCCUGCCUGAAUGUCCUCUUGUGUUGCCAACCGUCGUGACAUCUCCAUGGCUGUACCAUCCUGUCGGAUAGCUUAUCAGACUGAUGUUGACUGUUGGAUCUCAUGGCAACAACAGUCGGUAGGCUGUCUGACAUUUUGGUAUCUUUCAUCUGACCGUUUGCUCAUCCAUCUCCAACUGUUUUCAUUGAACAUCAACAGCAUAUAAAUGUUUUUCAGUUUAGAUGGAAAUGAGUUCAGAAGUCAUGCAGUGCAGCUGUCUACAUAAGAAACAUCUUUUAAAGUUUCAUCUCAGUCGUGUGUGAGGUUUGUAACGUUUCUCUUGUAUGCUUCAUAUAUAACUUCAAACAAUGUUACCGAAUGAAUGGGGAGGCUUUUUUAGUAUGGACUCCUCUCAGCAGUGCUGCUGAAAUACUGAUAAGUCUGAGUGCUGGGAGGUAGUAUGAGAUUGUUAAAAGCACAGAGGCCAUUCAUUUGCCCCUGUUGGUUUUUAAAAGAUGAACAGUAUUUCUUAACUCUUGGCCCUAGCAGCUUUUUUACUCUUUGGCCUAAAUGUGGUCUUUGAAAAUAACUUAGCAAAGAACUUGUUCUAAUACAAUACACGUUCAAAAAGAUCACAGCAGCGUUUGCUGCUUUGCUUUUUUCAGUCUACUGAAACUUUAGUUCUGCACCUUGUCAGAGAUCACAUCAGCAGUUCAUAGCUGCUUUGUUUUUCUUCAGGAUACUUGGAUUAGUGAAAGAGCUGUUUGCCACUUUCCCCAGUUCUAGUGGCAGUGGUUUUUCCUCAGAUCUGCCAUUCACCUGAGGGACACUGGUAUUUACUUCAUACAGUUCUGGUGGUGUCUUAAAGCCUUUUGUGAGAGUCAGUGACAUUUAUGUCCUGUUGAAGUCCCCGUAUGCUGUGAGAUUGAAAUGAGGAGACUGUAACAAGAAUGAAUAAGAAAAAAAACCUUCUUCCUAGAGCUUGAGCCAAUAAACUACACGUUGCUGAAUACUUUAGCAGGCUCCUUACAAUGAUGCGUCCUUGCCUGCUGAAAAACCACGAGACAAAUUGAAAGCUUUCUCCCAGUUCUAUUUCAAUAUAUGUAGACACAUAUAGUGUGAAAUAUAUCUCUAUUGUUCUGCAACUCAUGAUUGCAUGUGUCCAUUCCAAUAAGCUGUGCUUUAUUUUGAAGCUUUCUAACACUAUUUAAAGAAGGGACUGGUCAUUCUGCUUGCUUCUACCUGUUCAGCCGCUGGGAGAUAGUAAGACUUGGCAAAAGGUAAAAAUAAUAGAAAUGAAAGUUAUGCAAACUUGAUGAGAUUUGCAAAUGGAUAGUUUUAUGUUUGCUUAAAUAAACAAAAAAAUAACUGUU